AUGAGGCUAGACAACCCCGUGGCCAAUAACGGACCGAGACUUACCCCACCUAAGGGGAUCACUGUGGACGGCAUUCACAUUCCAGGGGGUGUAGCUGUUCGAGUGCCGGGAUACGCGCUUCAUCGAAGCGAAGAGUUUUACCUGGCGCCCGAAGAGUUCAAACCGGAGAGAUGGUUGGAUCAAGCAAAGUUUGUAAAGGACCGUGAGGCGUUCAUUCCGUGGUUGGUUGGACCAAACAAUUGUGUUGGAAAGAGAAUGGGCAUGGCCGUUGUUCGACUUGUGUUGGCCUACACCGUCUAUAGCUACACCUGGAACUCUGCGCCAGGUGAGGACGGAAAGAGGAUCUACUUGGAGUCGAAGGACAAUUUGAUCUUGAAGGCUGGGGCGUUCAACGCCGUGUUCACACCAAGAGAACCUGGAGGGCUGAGCUAUGUUCCGAGGCAGUGA